AUGAUCGACGGUGGAGAACAUGAUGCCUCCACGCAUCCACAGAGAAAAGCAAACAUAAUUUCCUUUCUGCUCUUCUGGUGGACAAACGAUUUGUUCAAAACUGGAAACCAGCGCCCUUUAGAACAGUCUGACUUCUGGCCGUUGCACGAAGAAGAUACAACUUCUGAAUUGACAAAACAGCUUCAGUCACAGUGGAUGAAAGAUCUCAACGACCACAAACUAACUGAAAAAGAACCCAAAUUGUGGAAAAGUGCUUUGAAAGUUCUCUCUCUUAAGGACCUGUUAGUAAUUUCCUUUGCUGGGCUGAUAGACUCCGUGGGUCGAUUUCUACAACCUUUUUUCCUGGGGGUAUUUAUUUCUACACUUAUGUCGGACAGGCCAGAAAGAAGUCUGCUUUGCGGGUGCGCUGUAUUGAUGCUGAUAAUUGUAGUGAUGAAAAGUGUCGCUGUACAUCAUAGUAGCUUCAAACUGUACGUAAUUGGCAUGCGAAUGAAGGCGUCUCUCAAGGGAGUCAUCUUUAAAAAGGUUAGUGACCUCACCAAAAUCUCAAAAAAUAAAGAAAGAAAGGGUUGACCAUUCAGUUUAUUGAAGAGAGUAUUUCUUCAGGUGCAGCCUAUCUUCCAGAGAGAAAGAUCAGUCAAAUUUGUACCAAAUGAGAGAAAUUCGUAUUUGAAUGGGAAGGAAAUUAGUUAUAUCAAUCAGUUGUAAUAAUUAGCUGUUCUUUGUCUAUUCUCGUCUUGAUUCAUUUUGCUGUUGCCAUAUACGAGAGUCAAGUGCCCUCCCCUUCCAGUUUAUGGGAACUGUUGAUAAACAGAAAAAGAGGACUUAAGGUUGUCUAACGACAAAAGAAACUGUGAGAUUUAGGUUGUGGAGUCGUCUGGCCCUGGUUCGGACGUGAACCCAAAGAGGGCCGACCCAUUUUGCGAGGAACUAACCAACUGCAGUUAUAACGUGUAGAUAAUGGACGGAAUGAUAAGUGACGUUAUUUUUCAAGCGAAUACAUUAUUUUGAAUCCAGGCGCACAGACGUUUUAGCUAAUGGAAUAAAUGACACGUGGCUAAAAUCAAGGUUCUAUCGAGAAGCAUAUUGAUGAACAUUUUUUAGAGAAAAUAUACUUCAAUUUAACACCUUCGCGUUUUUCCUUGACCGGUUAGUACAUUAUUGUCCGGAAACCCAAAAACCAAAUUUUGAAGAAAUACUGCUUUUUACCGGAAGGAUGACUACGAAAGAUUGCUAAAGCUUCUCGCCAAAUAUAUCACGCCUAAAAUGAAUGAAUCGAAUACUAAUCGAUCACACCACUCAGUAAACAUCGUGUAAUCAAGGUGCUAGUUGUUUGUUUGCCGGGAAAGGAUGAACAUGCAAAUAUAUCAUUUUAAUAUUUCAUCCAGACAGAAAGAGUUCGUCUCGACAGGACAUUGUUACCAUCAAUUCCGUGUUUUCCGGAAUUUCCGAUUCAUUCGCAACGGAAUGUUCUGUGUAAAUUUAGCUUAUUGCUGUAGUACGAGGUCUUCUGAAAGAUUUUUGGAGGAGUUCCAUCUGUCAAUAACGGCACGGCAAGAUAAAAGAGCAUUUUUUUCCGGAUAACUACGGUUUUGUGUGCAUCAAAAUGCAGCAGAGGGAAAUCACAUUCCGCAGAGAAAAAAAACCCAUGGCAGGAUAAUAACUAGUCCAGCUGUGCAAGCCAGAGUUAUAAGAAUACAAAAUAACAUGCUCAAAGAUUAACAAAUUCAAUUAAGUUCAAGCAGAUCUAAGUUUUCAGUAGGGAUUAUUGAAAAACCAUAUUUAUAUACUUUGGAAUCCUCUUUGAGGUUAUCAACUUGAUUGGAAGUGACAGCUUUUGCAACAUCUUGAUUUUCGAUGGGAUACAAGAGGAUUUGAAAUACAUUAAGACACAACUGAGAUUGAGUGAGGGUUUGAAAUGCAAAUUUUGUUUAUCCUGUGAAUUCUCCUACGAAGUCUGUGGUCUUGUCUGUUUAUUGAAAACUUCCGUCGCAAUGAUAAAUCAUUGUGGUGACAAUUUACACCUUAUCGAUCAACAUCUUAAAGCGUUUCAUUCGAAUUUUCUUCUAUCCUAGAUUCUACAACUAAGCCAACACACGCUAAACGACUUUACCAAAGGUCACGUGGUCGAUCUGGUGUCCAAUGACGUUCAAAGAAUGGAACAAGCUGCCAGGCAAUUCUUCCGCCUUCUCGUCGCCAUCUUUGAUGUUUGUGUAGUGGUACCUUUGUUAUGGUACUUCAUAGGUUGGCAGGCAUUAACGGGGAUCAUCUUCUUAUUUCUUCUCGUACCGUUUGGUGGCUACUUGACAUACCUGUCAGGAAAGCUUCGCCUGCAGACCGCUGUCAUCAGUGACCGACGAAUAAAUCUCAUGACUGAAAUAAUCGCUGGGAUACGUGAAGUUAAAACCCAUGCGUGGGAAUGGUUCUUCAGAGAUCAUGUUAAGGAAGCUCGGAGGUUAGUGGAAAGAAUCAAAUCAAAUGGGAAAUCUUCGAUCAGUGUCUCACUACAAAUUCAAUUAAGGGGAAUGAAAUUCCAAUUAGCAGGCUACGUGACACUAUCAAAGUUCAAAUAAAGGAGACUCGUGCACGUAUCGAUAGAGCUGAGUUAAUACAAAAGUUUUCCUUCGUCAUGUAAAUCUUAAAAUAUGCCAUUUUUUCUAUUGCCAAGUUCCCUAGUUAAAAAACUGACACGCCUUUCUUAAUAAUUGGACUGUUGUUGUAGACGGCGUUUGCCAGUAAGAUGACUUGACAAGGACCCUUUGCCUGGAAAUUGUAAUUGUUCAAAGGAAAGUUCUCCUUCGGCAAUAAGUUUUCCUUGACAGAUUUCAUUGACAAAUUUCUUUAGUUAAAUGGUAGUCAGCGAAUAGUUUUCUUUUCAUUGGCGAUGUCAACUGACUUGGAGAGGCGUUAGUAUUAGCACGAGUUUAAAACAACGACGUACGAAAAACUUGCUUUGUGUUGAUGUAAAUCAUAGCGAAAGUAGGAUUAACCUUAGCCAGAGUACAUGGUAUCCUGUAGUACACAUGAGAUAUCUAUUUCUCCUCCUGUAACCUGCAUGAAAGUCUCAUACAUCCUCUUUACAUACUCUUCUUUGCAGGAAGGAGAUGAAGGUAAUUCGUUGCAAGAGCGUCCUCCUAUCAUGUGCGAUUUCUCUUAUGUAUACCUCGGGGAUUGUAGCUUCCUUCAUUUCUCUGUUGACCCUCGCUCUUUGUGGCCAUCACUUAACACCGUUCAUCGUUUUCACUCUCUUGUCCAUUAUCAACGUUCUUCGUAACAGCGCACUGAGGUCCAUAGGGGAAGGAACAAUGUUCGUUUACGAGGCUUACGUAUCAUUUCAAAGGAUACAAGAAUUUCUGAUGCUACAAAACCUAUGCAGCUUGACUGAUAUAAAACCGUUAACCAAAUUAACGAAAAAUGUAAUUCCUUUUGAAAAUGAAGAAUUUGAAGAUAUCAUCAACGAGCUCGCAUGUUUUGAAGAGUCAUUGAAGAAAUCUAAUGACAUAAAUAUCUAUAGAGAUGAUCUUGAAAAUAAAAAUAAACAUAAUCUUCUUGAAAUAAAGAAUCUGGGAAAAAAUCAAUCUGAAAAAGCACGAAUAAUCAAAGACGAAGACUUGAAAGGAAAGCCUGAGAAAACGAUGGUCAAAUUAUCCAAUGUGACUUGUAAGAUUGAUUCCAAUAAGUGCUCGGUAAAGUCAAUCUAUUUGGAAGCAAACAACGAUCACUUUGCUAUCAUAACUGGUCCAGUGGGCAGUGGAAAAUCAACAUUACUAUCUAUAAUUACGGGAGAGAUUCCAGUCACUGAUGGACAUGUCCAGUGUUGCGGGACAAUUGCUUACGUACCGCAGGUUCCUUGGGUCUUCUCUGGUACCCUGCGAGAUAACAUCUUGUUUGGUCGACCAUUCGAUGUCGAAAAAUACGUCCGAACCAUCAGAGCUUGUGCAUUAGAAAAUGAUAUUGAAAGAUUUCCUGAUAAAGACCAAGUGGUUAUUGGAGAGCGAGGCGACACGUUAAGCGGUGGUCAGCGCACUCGCAUCAGUUUGGCUCGUGCUGUGUAUGCUGAUUGUGAUAUUUACCUGCUGGAUAAUCCACUCUCAGCUGUCGAUGCUAAUGUUGGCAAUGACAUCUUUAAUCAUUGUAUUCUUGGCGUUUUAUCUAACAAAGUUCGUCUUAUGGUUUCUCAUCAAGAGUCCCACAUGAAGUUCGCAGAUGAAAUCAUUGUUUUGCAUAGUGGCUCAGUGAUCGAUCGAGGAACUUUCUCAGAAUUCAAUGAAAAAGAAGCACUGACAGACAUUCUAGACCCUCAAAACAAAAGUUUCCAUGAAACUUUUUUUGAAGAGUUUAUCACAAAAAAUACCAAAGUACAUUGUUCCGACAACAAGCAAGUCAAAAGCAUACAAAUCCCGGACGAAGACCGCAUGACUGGAACAGUGUCCUGCAAGCUUUACUGGGAUUAUUUAACGGCAGGAGUGCAUCCAAUCCUCUUAUGUGGCAUGGCCUUAAUGUUCCUUCUUUGUCAAGGUAAGGAACUUCGCUAAGGUUCUUCUGUCUCUUUAAUCCGUUUUAAUCUUCGCCAUCCUUAUAUGUCUUUGGUUCUCUCUUGCCUCUUUAUCUUUUUUGUUCCUGAAACACGAUUAUUUCAUAGCUUUACUCUGUGUAAAUGCCGUUCUCCAAGACUCUUAAUACGACUAAAACUAUCGUAACGUAGCCUCCUUUAGAAGGACGGCAGCAAACCUUUGGUGCCGAUUAUUUGGUGAGAAAUCGACUAAAAAAAUUUCUUUCUGCUAUAAUUCCUUCUUAGCAAAUGUGUUAAUAACGUAAAUUGGCAACGGUAAAGAGUUUCAGCCCCUCGUCAGGGUGAAAAACAAACGAAGAGCUAACGCUCGAAACGUCAGCUUUGAAACUCUUCACGGUGGCGAAUUUACAUUAUCAACUCAGUUGAUAAAACAAAAUUAUCUUGAUCACAUUUCAGUUUCCUACAUCAGUGCUGCAAGUUUGCAGUUAUAGAUACUCUGUAAAUAGAAGCAUAAAAUAGACACAAAACUCGCUUCGUCGAUAGUGUUCGCUUAGUUAAUGGUCUAUCGAUUUGAACUGCUCUAACAUUUCAUAUUCACUGCUUUCAGGAGUCAUGAUUUCACCGGACCUAUGGCUUUCCUUUCUUACAAGACUCCCUAGUGAAGACCAGACAGACAGAAUUAACAUUGGAAUCUACGCCAGUUGUGUCACUGCAGCUGUUAUCCUUGCGACAAUUCGAGCUUACAUGUUCUUCCAGGUGGUACUGAGAUCCUCAGAGAGCCUUCACGAUGACAUGGUGACAGCCCUCCUAAAAGCACCGGUGUUAUUUUUUGACUCGAAUCCAAUCGGCAGAAUCCUUAAUCGAUUUUCUAAAGACAUCGGCUGCAUGGACGAAGUUCUGCCGAAGACAUUUCUGUUUGCAGUCCAGUUGGUGUUGUUCGUCUUGACUGCAGCUCUCGUUCCAUUAAUCGCAAAUGCGUGGCUGGCAGCAGUUGUUGUUCCUAUCAUCAUACUGUAUGUUUACAUUGCAAGGUACUUCAUGAAAACCUCUAGAGAACUUAAGAGGCUAGAAUCUGUGUGCCGCAGUCCUGUGUUGUCACAUAUCUCGGAAACAUUAGAUGGUUUGGACACCAUUCGUUCCCGUGGAAGACAACGCGAGUUUGCUGAUCAAUUACACAGGUAACAUUGUUAUUAACAAGAAAUUACUGCUAUGUCUUCUUUUCAUUGUCGUUUUGAAAGAAAACUCUUUUUCGCAUUUUUUAAAAUACUAUCGAAAUGACCUGGAGCAGCUGUAUUCCUAUCAUGCUGAAUUUUUUUCGUGUGAAGACUGAAAAAGUCAUGCAAAUUGCUGAAAGUGAUGAUAGGAAAUCUAGGGAGAAGACUCAGAACGGCUGUACGGUUAUUAUGCAGAAUUUCUUCAUGUCAAGGCUGGGAAGUGAAGUGAAAUACUCAAAGUGAUAAUAAUUAAUAGCAGAAGAGAGACUUCUUCAGUGUAUGCAAGCUGGCUUUAAGUCUAACGAACACCUUAAUGCAUGACGACAAUCAUGCAUUAACCUUUGUGAUUUUGUGGGGAUGAUAUACUGAUAUUGAACUGAAAUCAGGCAUAAAGAAACUCUGAUUUCAAACGAAUGCGUAUAAGAGGACACAAGUAACCUGAAUAAGAAAAAAAGAAGACUCUAGAAAUGUGCUGAUCUAAAUUUGUUUUGUUAUCUCAUUUUUUCCAACUUGGCAGAUAUCAAGACGUUCACAAUCAAGCAUAUUUCAUGGUAUUGGCUGCGACUCGUUGGCUUGGAAUAAGAUUAGAUCUCCUAUCUGCCAUCUUGAUUGGCGCUGUUGCCUUAGCUGCUGCUCUAUUUUGCCAUGACAACGGUAAGCGAGAUCCCAACAAAUCGUGGGUUCUCCUUUGCUCAAUAUAAUUACAGAAAUUACUCGUUUUGUAACAAGAAAUAUUUGGUGUGUUUCUUUGGUAACAACUAUAUUUGCUUUUCCCAUGGGUAGUUAUUUUUGUUAAAAAGGGGCCAUUUGUCGCGUUAAAAGAAUGUCUUUUGUCUCCAGUAAUAACUGAUUAGCCAGCCAAUCGUCUUAAUCCAGAUUUCGCAAAGUUAUGCGAUCUGCGGACACAGCUUCUUCCUCUUAAUGGGGAAACUAGGCUCUUUCAGUCGAACCUAUGGCAUUCUCAGGAAGACUCCUGAAUGGAAAGAAUGACCAUGAGAGCGGGGAUUUCAUGCUCUUUUAUAAAAAGCAAAGUGACUCCAUUACGCGUUCGCAACCGCACUUAUCUCCACAAAAUCAACCGAGUGUUUGAGUUCAACCAGUGCUUAUGAUUCACUGCGCUUGUGCACAUGAUUUAUAACGCAUCAGAAAGAUAAUUUUAUGGAAAGGUCUAACUGGGGUGCUAUAUUCUUAAUUUUCAGCUCUUGUUGGUCUUGCAUUCGUGUACGUCUUUGAAACCUCUCACUUCACCCAGGUAUCAGUUCAACAGUCCUGUGAAGUCGAGAAUUUGAUGACAUCUGUAGAGAGAGUAAUGGCAAUCACCAAACUUGAACCUGAAAUGGGAUACGAUACACCAACAGAAAAACCAAAACAAUGGCCAUCAAAUGGAGACAUCAAAUUUACCGAGUUAUCUCUCACAUACUAUCCUGAGGGACCGGCGGCACUCAAGAAAAUUAUUAUGUACAUCGAAGGACAUUCCAAGGUUGGAGUUGUCGGUAGAACCGGAUCCGGGAAAUCAAGCAUAGUAUCUGCUCUUCUGCGCAUGCCUGAAGCUGAAGGGUCAAUCACUGUGGACGGAGUGGAGCUUACCAGUUUAAAUCUACAAGACUCUAGGAGUUGUAUCUCUGUGCUUAGUCAAAAUCCUGUAGUGUUCAGUGGAUCCCUUAGAAUGAACCUCGAUCCAUUAGAAGAACAUAGCGAUGUUGAUCUGUGGGACGCAUUAGAAACUGUGCAAUUGAAAACACUCGUGGAGAACUUUCAGGGAAAAUUGGAUCAUACAAUGACAAACAAAGGAGCGAAUCUGAGCGUAGGAGAGAAGCAGUUAGUUUGUUUAGCUCGUGUUUUACUACAAGGGAGUAAAAUUGUGGUCCUUGAUGAACCCACUGCUCAUGUUGACCCCAAAACAGAACAAAUCAUACACCAAACAAUCCACGAAAAACUCAAAAACUCAACUGUAAUCACCAUCGCCCAUCGGCUGAAAACCAUUGAAGAAUGUGACAAGAUUGUACAGUUAAACGACGGACAAUUAGUAGUAGAGUCAUGUUAUGUUUGAAGUAGGUAGGCUGCGUACAAGAGAAAGCAAGCGCCAUCAUUUCCAUAUUCGUUUCCGCCAUUCGUACAAAUUAAACAUAGCUCUUUUUCCAAUAUUUGUAAAUAAUAUGAUAGUUAGGUUAUUUAAUUUGAUUUUUUUGUAUUGAUUUUUACAUCGACAGGAGUGCGAUGUAUAACUGCCCCUAUAAGUCAUGUAACCGACAAAGCAGCUGUGCUGUUCUGAAGAGCGAAACGAAAUCUCUAAGUUGCGCUUGAAUCCCCAGUCCAUAUAAGAGGGAAAGUGGCCAUGGCAAGAAACUAAGUUUCUAGAGAUAGUUCA